CUUAAAUUUCUUAAGUAUAUACUUAGCUAAGUAAGAUUCUCAAGUUCCGUUGCAUAAAACUUCUAAGCAACAUGCUUAGUUGUUUUUAGCUAAGUACAUCGCAAUAUACUUAAGUUUAUCGUUGCUAUGUCAAACGUCAUUUCCGCUUUCACUUUACCGUAAGCACAGAUUGCAUGGAGUUGAACAUGUUCUUGAUAAGUCUCUCUUGUAUCGCUAAUAAAUGAUGAAAUACUAUAAUUUUUUGUGUUAUGCAAGGUUAAUAAAAUAAAUAGACCAAAAAUCAAAUGUCGUUUUAUAUGACGUUAUAUCCGAUUUUAUCGUCUGCAUCUGCAUUGAUCCUUGAAAAUAUGGCAGAAAGAGAAGGUGUUGAGAGUCAGUCAUUGCAGACAACUAAGAAAAGAAAACCGAAUUGGACAGCAGAUGAAUGCUUGUUUUUAAGCAAGUGUGUAGAAGAACAUAAAAGUAUCCUUCGAGCUAAAUUCGGAACGGGGGUUACGACAUUAAAGAAACGGGAGAUUUGGAGGAAAAUCACAGAUGCCAUCAAUGCCUCUUCCUCCACCAAGCGAACGGUGGAGGAGGUUGAGAAGAAAUGGCACAAUAUGCAGAUGAAGGGGAAAGCAGAGCUGGCAGACGCACGACGUAGUGUGAAACAAACGGGCGGUGGACCAGCGGGAAAGCCUUUAACGCCAUUAGCAGAAGCAGUUGGGAGUGUUAUUGGUACCAACAAUAUAAGUAUCAGUGGGAUCCCUGGUACAGUUGACACAACAUAUCUAAUGCUCGACAGACCAAAGAUCAACACGGAAACCACAGCGAGUACGAUUGAAUCAGAUGGCCUUGUGACUCAAGAUCUCCAUGUCAUCAGCACCAGUGAAUCUGGAGAUGGGCAGCAACAAAUAAACUUUGUUACUGUCCCACAGCCAAACGCAUGUCCUACCAAUGUUUGCACCCACACCGUAAUUGACCCGCAUCUGCAAAAGCAGAAGCUAGAACUAGAAAUUGAGAAUCUCACCCUCCGAAACAAGUUUAUACGACUUCAGAUUGAAAGAAUUGAAGGAGUAGAUACAAGUAGUGAAUUAUAAGCGCUUUGACACGAAUUUACUCACAUUUAGUAAUUAUCAAAUAGUUCUAUAAUCUUGAAUUAAAUAAUGUUGCCAGUACCUUUUUAAUUAUUUGUAUCUUUUCAUUUACUGUUACGCAGUGACCACAUACCUGUUUA